AUGGCAGCGACACAAAACGCGUCGGGCUCCGCGGAGUCGGACCAGUCUUCUCUAGCCGAGCAGCAGCAGUCAAGCCGGAGCUUCAACCGGAGUGUCCGGGUGGCGGAGAAGGAGCGGAGGAGGACCGAGGCGGAGGACGCCUUCGUCCCGGCCCUGGAGUACUUCUCUGACGUUGAAGCAGGAACUCCAUUGAGAGGGAACGAUGAGUUUGAGAGGAACCUGGUGCUGGUGGAGAAGGUGGCCUACGCUGGAGGACUUUCCCCGGAGGCCAUCUCUGUCAUGCUGGAGUUUGCCAUGAGCCUCCGUAUGGGGACGAGUCCAUGUGUCCGGGUCCUGAAGUGUCUGAUUCCGGCCACCGUGGUGCCACAGGAGGCUGUGGUUCGAGCCGUCGUGUGGCUGGGUGUUGGCAAAAUACCCAUCAGCACCCAAGUUCUCUUUAUAAAGUGGGUGUUGACCAUCUUUGACAUGAUUGACUCAAAAGAGCAACUUCGAGCUGUCUAUGGCUUCAUCUUCAGCUUUGUCACGGAGGAGAAUCUGUGUCCCUUCAUCUGCCAUCUGUUGUACCUUUUGACCAGAAAGGAGAGUGUGCGAGUGUUCAGAGUUCGGAAGCUGCUGGAGCUUCAGUCUAAACUGGGAAGGCAGCCGUUCCUCAUGCACCUACUGUCCCUUUACAAAGUGUUCUGUCCUGAACUUGUGACUCUCUCCAUUUCUUCACGAAUGCGGAGUGGGUUUAGGAACCACAACUCCCCCUGGAAGUCAGCAUUGAUUGCUGUACAGAAGAGGAAUGGUUCCCUGCUUGCCUCCAGCGACAGUCUUCCCCUCACAAUAAAAGAUAAGCGCAGCUCUCGGAAAAGGAAAUGCGGUCACCUGGAUUUGCCAGUUUUGAAUUCGCUCGUCAAUAAACAGGCUCAGGCUGAGUCGCCCUUCAGCAGAAAGUUGGUUCCCCUGGUGCAGCUCAGCUCGUUUACUCAGCUCCUGGAAAAUAUACAUCGAAUAGAGCUGCCGGCUCAGAUGGGCUCGCUGCUGGGCUCCAGUCUGGCCCUGCAGUACCUUGACUGUGUUCAGGAUGAGUCUGCCCUCCUACGCCUCAACUUCUGGCUCGGCUACGCUCUCCACGAAGAAUUUCUGUUCUGUGGGGAUGGAAGAGCCUCCCAGAAUUCAGAGGAAGCUCUGCAAUUUCUGGACAAGUUGCUGUCCACACAGCACUUUCUGCAGGAAGCAUUUUCCAGUUCAGAGGCUUUCCUGUACAAGUUUCUCAGCGUGUGGGAUGGUUCCCUCCUCCGCCCACAGAUCCUCAGCCUCCUAAGCAACAUUCCUGUUGUCCCCAGUUCCCAAAUCGGAAGGCUUCUGUUUGAGCCCCUCAUGCAGCUCUUCUUCACAUCCUCCCUGUUUUUCAAGUGUGGACUCAUGGAGUGCCUGAACAAUAUGCUGUUGAAGUGGCUUACCUGGCAUUCAGUGUACGCUCUGGAGGACGACUUAGACAUCAGCCUCAACAGCCACACCUCUAUAAACAUGACCCUGUCAGGGUUCAAGGACUCUGUGAUGGAGCUGGUUCACUUUGUGGGUCGUCUGGCGUCCGUGGGCCUUCAGCUCGAAGGCUCUCACUCGCUCCUCCUCAGCUUCAUCCUGGACUUCUACGAGACGGUGUGUGACACAUUUCUGAAGUACGGGCUCCCUCUGGUGGUGAUGCCCCCCCCUGGAGUAUUUUACCCAGCCCUGUUUUCACCCGACCCCAUUAGCGUGGACCGACUGGCCUUCAUCAUGUACAGGUACAAGGUGAACCUGACAUCAGCCAAGAGUCAAGAGAAAGUCACAGAGCAGGCCUUUCACAUCAGCCGCCAAACGUUUCGUGAGUUCAACAACUACGUGGUCGUCAUGGUCAACUGCCUGUGGAACUCCAAAAUGUUUCAUCCGGGAAUGGGUGUGCAGCUGGGAGAGGAGCUCCUCCUCAAGAGCAACGUUCCGCAAUACUGCACGAGUUUUGACCUGGUCCACCACCCUGCUUUCCUGAGCUACGCUGUCGACUUUCACCAGAGGUGCUGGCCUGGGAGAAAGGACCUGGACCUCAAUUCCAUAAAGCAAUCCAAGCCAUGGAGCUGGUACCUGGAGUACUUGUACAGUCAAGGAUACGACGGCCUCAAACAGUUUUUUCAGAGGGACAUCAGCUGGAAACUGACAGCAGGCCACAGUCUGUACACAGCAGAGCUAAACGCUCAACUCAGUGGAGAGGAAAAACAACCACUUGCAUCUUACUCCUUUUUUAAAAGACUUGUACAUAUUUUAUCUCCUCCUCUCUUCCAAGUGAGCUACUUGCUAGUGCUCUGAGUUUGUUUUCUGUAUAUAGACUUAUCUGUGUUUAUUGUGCUUUUCUUAUAGUCUCAGCAAAACUGCCCUGGUGGACAUUUGGUAGAAGCAGUGACCGUAGGUUUGAACACAGUGAAAACACGUGUUACAGAGAAAAUGUGUUAAACGCAAAGAAGAGAGAAUAAAGCGGAAAUUAUUCAUUUUUGUUUUCUAUUUUUGGUGCAAUUCAAUGACAAACAACCCUAACUCUGUCUGAUUUGACCACAGCGACCUUGAACCUGUUCUGUUCAAAAUGCAUUGAAGC